AUGGCACAACUUGAACCAGGUCCCAUUUGCAAUUCUGUUCUUAACCGACAACAGCUUCAUAGAUCUACUCGAGUUUGGGAAGGAUCUCGUCGAAUAAAUAAAUCCUUAAAGUGUUGCAGAUAUGAUAGUUCAUUUUGGAGUUCAAAAAACGAAUUUGAUGAUAGGGUUAUGAAGUACAUUCAACUGGCAGGUUUUGAUGGGUUGUCGAGAUUGGAAAGGAUACAUUUGGAUUGGUCUUUGAUCACUGCAAUGGUGGAGAGAUGGCGCCCAGAAACUCAUUGUUUCCAACUUCCAUUUGGGGAAGUCACCAUCACAUUGCGAGAUGUGGAGAUUCUUUUAGGACUGCGCAUUGAUGGCAUGCCAGUGACAACUGUCCAAAUGAGAACAAAAGAUGAAUGGUCUGACAUAUGUCAUGACCUCCUCGGCAUUAGGCCUAACAGUAACUCAAUUUCCGGCACCUCUCGUUUGGUAAUGACAUGUCUAAAGAACCCAACACCAUUAACAGAGCAUUCAACUGAUGAAGACGUGCAACGCAUGGCCCGACUACGUAUUAUGCAAUUACUAGGUGGAACGUUAUUUCCUGACAAGUCAAACAACAUGGUGAGACUAUGUUUCUUAGACCACAUCAGAGAUUUGCAAAGUGCCAACAACUACAGUUGGGGAAGUGCUGUUCUUGCUUUUUUGUAUCGAAGCAUGUGCAGGGCAGCCAUGGAUAAUGCUACUCAAAUUAGCGGUGCCCUCAUUCUUCUUCAAUUGUGGGUUUGGGAGCAUAUCACCUUAUUCUCUCCGAACAUACACUCCCUCCCUCAGGACCUAAUAGAUCGACCUAGAGCUGCUAGGUAA